CGAAAGUCGUGGUGUCUGGCAUUUCGAGGCGACGGGGUGCGGGGUGUGCCUCAAGUGUGGGUUCGAUGGGUCGCGCGCGGGCGGUCGGCGAGCCACCAGUUGACGUCUGGCAGGCGUGUGUGAGGGUCGCGGGCCCAGACAGGACACGCGACUACCUCCGAGCUCUGACUGAGUCGUCGCCGUCGAUGCAGUCAGUACCGGCCGCGCGUCGGUGAAGUAACAUUGCAUCUCAGUGCCUUGGAGUCGCCCUCGUGGAUACAGACUAGUUGCUAGUGUGUUGUGAGUCGCGGGUGUUCAGUGUUGUCCAGGGUGUGCCGAUGGCUGAUGCCGCCCACGCAGUGACCCUCGCAGCCCCCUUGGUCAUGUGCAGCUCCACUCACUCCAUCAUGACUGACUCACAGAAAGCAAGAAGAAGCAACAAGCCCCUGAUGGAGCGUCGUCGGCGGGAGAGGAUCAAUACUUGCCUCAACGAGCUCAAGAACCUCGUCCUCACCGCACAGAGGAAGGACCCGACGCGGUACAGCAAGCUGGAGAAGGCAGACAUCCUGGAAAUGACGGUGCGGCACGUGCAGGCCCUCCACCGCCACGAGGCCGCCACGGGGCGCUCCCUUAACACGGACGCCACGGCCAAGUACCGCGCGGGGUUCACCCAGUGUGCUGCUGAGGUUAGCAAGUUUCUGGCCGGGGUUGGCGGCCUUCCCUCGGAUCUACACACCCGUAUCCUGGCCCACCUCAGCUCCUACAACCUCCCCGAGUCCCAGGCAGUGAAACCUGAAGCCACGGCAGUAAAGGCGCUCACUCCCGCCGGGUCACCACAGCAGAAAGAGGCCCAGCAAGGCUCUGUGGCGGGUGUUCCUCUCAUCCAGGCGAGACUGACGUCUGGACAGUUGGCUCUGGUGUUGCCAUCGUGGACGGCACUCCCUACGGGCAGCAGUCUCCCUACCGUCGCCGCGUCCCCGGACACAGCCGGUGCCCCUUCCUCACCUGAGUCGGCCCGGGGCAGCCCUCCUGCCUCAACCGAAGCCCAUGAAGGACAUUCCGAACCUGACACCUGUCCUGCUGAUGAUGACACGCCAACGUCCUCGCGCUUACAGCCCAGCCCAGGCCAGGCGAGUCCGCCCCUGGGCACGCCGGGUCCCCAAACCGCCCCACAAGUGGCCCCACUUGACUUGGCCACACCUCACCGCCGUGGUUCUGCGUACCUCAACACGGUUCGACACCGGCCACCACCUGACACGCGGGGAGAGGCUUCAUCACCGUCAGUAGUUGAGCGAGAGGCUGCCACGCUUCCCCGGCCUGGCGUCACGGCGGCGCCGCUGCACGGAGCAUCAAAGUGUCCGGCAACGUCCUCAAAAUCCCCUGCACCAAGCCAUGAGCAUCGUGUAACCCGCCAUGCCCCCUACCCCGCCCACUGCCCCCGUCCCCCAAGCCACCACCAAAAGAACCCUCACUGGCGCCCCUGGUGACGGCAUCAAGACACACAGUGAAGCGCUACACUUUGACAAGCGUGGCUUAUAUAGGCCAUGCGAUGCUUGAGAACCCCCAUGACUGUAAAUAUUGUAAAAUAGAGAGAGAAUACAUGCAACCUUCCACUGCUGUCGUCUGUGAUGCCCAGUGCCUUGCGGCGUGCCUGAGGGUUGGCCACUGUGUCCCUUCCACUUUCUGUCCCUCGGAAAAGACUCUUUCUUUCUUUUAGUUUUCAAGGACAUGUAACUACCACUGUACUAGAUGACGCUCCGUGUUCCUAAUUUCUAUGGUGCUGUGACGUGCAUGAAUGACGAUGACGAUGAUGACGGUGACGAUGAUGAUGAUGAUGUGUGUGUGUGUGUGUGUGUGUGUGUGUGUGUGUGUGUGUAAACGGGAGCGGGUGGCUGCAUAAUGCUUGUGGACAGGUGCACACUCAGGUGGACACAGGUGUGUGCAGACACCGUUGCCACGAAGGGCCACGAUUCGUUGUAUGGAGGAAGCUGCGUGGCGGCGGGAUGUGACAGGGGGAGGGGCCAACGCUCCCCCCCUGCCCCCCCGUCACCCCCAACAGGUGGCCAUCACACAAACCUGCUCCCUCUCCCCGCUUUGAAAGAGGGGAAAAAAGACACUUCUAUUUCAGUAUUCACUAGAGUCAGUACAAAGAUGAAUUUAUACAUGUUUCUAUAUUUCUGAAUAAAGCAAUGUGAAACCAAG